AUGAUACCCAUCACGGACAGCGCAAUUCUUCUCGCUCCCUUCGACAAGAGACCCAGCCUCAACGCCCUCAUCGACGACCUCUUGUGGCACGCUUGCGACCAAGUGUGCGUCUCGUACAUCAAGUCGGAAGAGCCCUUUCAAUGGCAGCAUGUCACUGGUGCCGACCUCGACCGAUGCAUUCGAGCUGCCACCGCCUACUAUGCUGAGCGUAUCGGAGUCCGAGCCAAGGAUAAGCCUUGUCGACAAGUCGGCGUGUUGUCCGAGUCUGGCUUCGAUCUGCUUGUGACACAGAUGGCCUUGGUCCGGCUUGGCUACGGCGUCGUCCUCAUCUCGCCCAACAAUUCGGUGCCCGCAGUCGUCCACCUUCUCAAGGCUACAAGCUCGGUGGCCCUCCUCUUUAGUUCGGAAAAAGUUGACGAAGCCAACCAGACUCGUGAGCUGCUGCUUCAGGAGCAAGACGGGAAGCUGGACAUCGUCGAGCUUUGCUUGAUUGAAAAAGCCAUUAGGCUCGAUCAGCUGCCCCCUCCUCUCAACGAGCGGGACCCUUUUCAGUCAGAGGUUCCUUACAGUCAGCAGGCGCAGGAGCCCGCUUUCACGUUGCACUCGAGCGGCAGUACGGGUCUCCCCAAGCCCUACACAUACUCCCACGAGACUUACCUCGUCAUUGUUGCCGACUACAUGCCCUACGAUGCUCUGUGCACCGCCCCGAUCUACCAUGGUUUCGCUUGUGCCGUUGCGUGGCGGCAGCUGAUCCAUCGCCGCCGACUCUACCUCUACUCUGGGACCAUCCGCCAUGACCUGGUCAGCAAAGCAGUCCGCAACAGCACCACCGAGAUCAUCUAUGCGGUGCCAUUCACCUUCAAGAUGCUUAGCGAAGAGAAGGACAGCCUCGAUGCGCUCCGCCGCGUCAAGAUGUGUUGCUACAGUGGCGCACCCUGUCCCAUCGAAGUAGGCGACAUGCUCGUAGCCAAUGACGUCAAUCUGAUCGCCUUCCUCGGUGCCACCGAAACUGGCCAGAUCAUGGACAGCAUUCGCGAUUUUGAUACCGACAAGGGCUGGAACGUCAUGCGUCCCAGCCAGCGCGUCGCUCCUUACCUCAAGUUUGAGAACGUCGGCACCACCGACGAUGGUCCGUACGAGAUGGUCUGUAUCCAAGGCUGGAAGGGCCUCUCCAAGGUCAAUCGUCCUGACGGCAGCUAUGCCAGUGGAGAUCACUACCGCAUCGUCCGCAACACCGACAGAAGCAUUCGAGGCUAUGUUUAUAUUGGAAGGGGUGACGACACACUGGUCCAUCUCAAUGGCGAAAAAACCAACCCCGUGCCCAUGGAGCAGAGCAUCAAGUCCUCUCCUCUGCUUCGGGACUGUCUCGUCUUUGGUGAUGGCCAGCCUUGCACCGGCGCCCUCAUCAUUCCUUACGAACAAGCUUGGGAGGUCCAUUCCUCCUUGUCGGACGUAGAGCGUCAAGCAACCCUCAAAACCCUUAUCCAACCCUUGAUUGGUGAGGUCAACGCGCAGUGCCCCUCCCACUCGCGUCUGGUUCCAGAGAUGAUCCUCUUCCUCGACCCUUCCGUGCGAUUCCCUGUCGCGGAUAAAGGAAGUGUGAAGCGCACUCCUGCCAAUUCGCUCUUUGCGCGAGAAAUCACCCAGCUGUACAACGACUUCGAUCUUGGUACUUCUACACCCGAGAAGGACAAAGUAUCGAUCAAAUCGCGAUCGCAACUCCAGACGCUGCUGCAGAGCAUUCUGGAACGCUUCAUAGCUCUGACUCUGGACGGAAAGCAAGAUGCUGACCUCACCAGCCUUGGCGUCGAUUCGGUCAUGGACAGUCAGAUCCGAAGCCACAUCCAUCGGUCAGUCCGCAUGCAGAACCCGCUUCCUAACACUAUUGUGUUCCAGCAUCCGAGUCUCCGCAAGCUCACCGAGGCGGUCUACCUUCACAUUCAAGGAGAGAGUGAAGACGCGGAGGAUGGAGUAAAGAAGGACAAACAGAAGCUCCAGACGUACCAGUUGCUCCGGGAUUUGCGCUCAGGACUCCAACCGCGAGUCUCGACCUUGGGCCACUCGGCCUCACAAGCCGAAGAGGAGAUCAUCGUGUUGACGGGAGUCACUGGCUCCCUUGGCGCUCAUAUUCUGGAUCAGCUGCUUCGCAAGCCAAAUGUCGCCAAGGUCAUCUGCCUCAAUCGCGCGACUGACCAUCGCGAAGCGGCUAAGCGCACGGAAGAGUCGCUCAAAGCUCGAGGACUUGCUCCUCUGAAGGAUCGUCCUCGAAGCGCGCUCGUCGUAUCGAUGGCCGCCGACAUCAGCAAGGAGCAUCUUGGCUUGUCACCGCAAGAGUAUACCGAUAUUGCGAGGGGUGUCACCUGCGUCAUUCACAACGGAUGGCCAGUCAACUUUGUCAUGUCUGUCGACUCUUUCCGCAGCGUUCUCCGAGGCACUGUUCGUCUGAUGAACCUGGCUGGACAGAGCACCGGCUGCCGUUCGCCGCGUUUCAUCUUUUCGUCCUCCAUCUCCGUCGCUGUCAACAGCCCAGAUGCCGACAUCCCUGAAGCGUUCCUUGAUCAUCUCGACUACACGCACGAGCUCGGGUACGCCCACUCAAAGUGGAUCGUCGAGAACCUGUGUCGCGAUGCAACAACGCUGAUUGCAGGUGGGUUCCAAGCUGUGGUGAUGAGGAUAGGCCAAAUGGUGGGCGAUCGAUCAGCGGGGAUUUGGAACGAGACUGAGGCACCACCGCUGAUGUUCAAAGGCGCCCAGAUCCUUGGCUGCCUUCCGGAAGAGCAAGGAGAUCUUUAUUGGCUUCCUGUUGACGUUGCCGGCCUCAUUGCAGCCGAGCUAACGACGGCGACCUUGCCUAGAAGUUGCGAGCUGGUGCAUGUUGUUGCUGAACGAGCCAUGCCUUGGAGAAUGGCUCUCAAGACGCUUGCCGAGCCCCAGAAUCUGGGCAAGGCAUUCGAGGUGGUCUCAUUUGCUCAGUGGGUCCAGAGAUUGGAGCAGUCGGAUCAAAACCCCACACGCAAUCCGACCAUCAAGCUUGUGGAGCACUAUCGCACCACGCAGCGUGAGAUGACGCUUGGUGACAAGAGGAAGAGGAAAUUUGACACGACAAGGUUGAAGGCGGUCCUGGCUACGUCUGCAGAGAAGGAGCAGAUCCUCAGUGGACUCGAUGCUUAUCGGCCCGAGUAUCUUACAACGACAGUGGCUGCGUGGAGACGCUCUGGUUUCCUGAUCUAG